AUGCCUACACACCAGUUCUCAGCACCGGGCCAGGCGGUCGAAGAAGCCAAGGCUGGCGGCCACCAUGCCCACGGCACGCACAACUACCCCGAUCCUCUGACACACAUCGACCGCACCUCAUGGGAUGUCACCAUCAUCGGUGCCGGUCCCGCUGGUCUGAUGCUGGCCACCUCUCUUGCUCGCUUCGGUGGCUUUGACGUGCUCGUCCUCGAUGAGCGUUCCGAGCCUACCACGGCAGGUCGCGCUGACGGUAUUCAGCCACGUACCAUCGAGGUGCUGCGCAACAUGGAGCCGUUGGGAUCCGAAUUUUUUGAACGCAGCGCACCGUCGUACGAGCGCACUUUCUGGGAUCCUCGUUCGGACGGCCAGCGCGGUAUCGAGCGUACCCGUCGUGUGCAGUCUUUCCCCACCGACAUGGAGAUCCAAGACAACUGCACGCUGGGUCUGCAGCAAGGACUCAUCGAGGGCGGCUUCCUCAGGGACAUGGAGCGUCACGGGCAACGCGUUACACGUCCCUGGGCGUUUCAAAGCUUCCAGAUGACCGACGACCAAACCUACCCGGUCACCGUCACGCUGGAGAAGAUGAAGCCAGUCACCGAAUCGACCAACGAAGGCGGCGCUCCCAUCAGCAUCAUCAAGCCUACCGGCGAGACCAAGACGAUUCGCACCAAGUACCUCGUCGGCUGCGAUGGUGGUCGAUCGCGUUUGCGCAAGACGCUCGAGGAUCAUCACGAGUUCACUUUCAAUGGCGAUUGGGUCGACACGCUCUGGGCUGCUCUGGAUUGUGUCGUGGAGACCAAUUUCCCAGAUGUGCGCAAGAUCGCAGCAAUCCACUCCAAAAACCACGGUGCGCUCUACAUCUUCCCACGCGAGAACAACGAGAAAGGCGAGCCAAUCAUCCGAUGCUAUACCCAGGUCAACCGACUUGGAGGCGAGAAGAGCAAGGAGUCGGCGCUCGAUGCCCGAGACAAGGUGACCGCCGAAAUGGUCAUGCAGGCGAUCCAGGAAAUCGCUUACCCGUACAAGUUCGACUUCAAGGGGGUCGAGUGGUUCACGUGCUACCCGAUCGGUCAACGCUUGAUCUCGAGGUAUUCGCUUCCGGCAGGCAAGACGGCCAACGGCGCCUCCUUCCCCGCUCAUCGUGUGCUGCUGGCCGGUGAUGCGUGCCACACGCAUUCGCCAAAGGCUGGUCAGGGUAUGAACACUGCCAUCAUCGACUCUCAAGCGUUGGCAUGGAGGAUCAACUUGGUGGAGAAGGGAUUGGCCGACCCCGAGAUUCUGCUAGGCACCUACCACGACGAGCGCCACGCGACGGGCAAGCAGCUGAUCGAGUUCGACUCGGAGUAUUCGGCCUUGUUCUCGGGUGAGGUGCCUAAGAACACCCCUGAGGUGGCUACGAUGACCGACGCCGAGAAGCGUGAGCACUUCAUCAACAUCCAACGACGAAACGCGGCGUUCACGACCGGUGCCGGUGUUUUGUACAAGGACAAUGUGCUCAACUACCGCGACCCGUCCAAAUUGGGCGUAGCCAAGAUCACCGACAAGCUCGAGCCUGGUCGCAGGCUGCAACCUGCAUGGGCUACGAGAUGGUCCAACUCGCAGCCGGUGCGAAUGAUUCACGAGAUCCAGUUCACAGCGCCUGGUGGCUUCCGACUGUACGUGUGCGCUGGCGACCUCAACAAGAAUAUGCGCCACCUCGAGGCGUUCGCCAGCCACCUUGCUUCCCAACACUCCUUUGUCAACCGCUUCCGUGCCAACCAACGCGCGAUGCUGUUGCAGCACAAGGCGUACCACCAGCUCCCCGACUCUCUCAACACUGGCUUGACCGAGGGAUUCGCCUCGGAGGCCAAUCCCUUCUUCCACAUGCUCCUGAUCGUCCGCGCUCAGCGCUUCGACAUCGAGUUGGAGCAGUUCCAGCACCUGGGUGCGCUCAAGAGCAUGCUCUACUGCGACGACAUCGAGGCGGGACAUGGCGCGUUCAAAGUGACCAUGGACGACCAGUUCGUAGGCGGUCUGCACGAGAAGUGGGGAUUGCCGAAUGGUGGUAUCGUCGUGGUCAGGCCCGACGGGUAUGUGGGAUUGGUGGCGCCGAUCGACCAGGGAUCGGCAGGGUUUGAGAGUAUCGAGAAGUACUUUGAUGGCUUUUUGAAGAGCUCUAGAGUGUCGAGUCAAAAGACAAGGCUGUAG